AUGGAUGUUUGCUUGGCGGCCGGGCGCUGGGCAGCGGCUUUCUCCUUCAGGGACGCCUUGGAAGCUUUGGGGAUCCAUGCCCCGACCCCGGCGCUCAGAGCCUACAAUCACCAUGAGCAGGCCGGGAGCAUUAUGGAUUGCUUGAAGCACAGCCUUUUGCUCCUGCUGCUACAGCACUACGCCGCGGACAGCCAACCUUUCACAUACAUCGAUGGCCACGCGGGGCGGGGUAUCUACGAUCUUGCUGAGAACCUGACGGAAUUCCAAAACUAUGGGCUUAAUCUGCUGGAAAGGCAUCAUCACCGACUGAAUUCCGACACCCCCUGGGCCGUGGCGUCUCUGCUAGAG